AUGAACGUCCUCAAGAGUGCCGGUUCUUAUGUGUAUAAUAUCAUACCAUCCUUCCAAGGAGAAGAAGCAGCCCAGCCAGAUAUGCCUGAUCAAGACCCGUCAGCUACACCCUCAGAUCCACCACCGUCCUAUGAGGCCUCUCAUCCAUCAAAACCACUCCCAAAACCACUCCCACCGUCCCUCCCGGUGCUCACAAGCCUCCGCAAGAAGCGAGUAAUACUCGCCUCGGCCUCACCACGCCGCAAACAAAUCAUCGCCUACCUUGGCCUGCCAAACAUCGAAAUCAUACCCUCAAAUACAGCGGAGAACUUCCCCAAAACCCUCACACCAUUCGAAUAUGUGCUUGAAACAGCAAUGGAGAAGGGCCUGGCGGUGUACAAGCAGGAAAUAGACAAUGAAGAAAAGGGCGAGCCGGCACUGAUUCUUGCCGCAGAUACGAUUGUCGUCAACCCCUCGACGGGAGAGAUACUUGAGAAACCUCGCUCAGAGGCACAACAUAUGGAAAUGUUAAUGGGGCUGCGAGAUGCGGGGGAUCACAAAGUGUAUACGGCAAUUGUUGCUAUAGCGCCUCUGGAAAGUGCGCGGGCUCCUGGAUAUGCGGUUGAAUCGGUGGUGGAGGAAACGAGCGUUCGAUUUGAUGCACAAAUCACAGACGAACUGCUUCUUGCGUAUGUUAGGACACGAGAAGGCGCCGAUAAGGCUGGAGGGUACGGGAUGCAGGGGCUGGGAUCAGUGCUGGUGGAAAAGAUUGACGGAAGCUACGACAAUGUUAUCGGCCUACCAUUGCGAGCUACUCUUAUGCUGAUUGAGAAGGUUAUGGCGACUGCAGACGAGGACGCAGAGAUAGACAGCGGCGCAUUGAUAGCUGACGAUUAA